UGGGGGGAAAGUCUCUUGGUAAUAACUUUCCUUUUUUUCCCAACGGGCGUAGGCGCUGUUUGCGCCGCUGGAGAAACCAUUGGAAAAGCGGUUUAGAAUCUUUCCUCUGGCGCGGACGGUGAAACCGUUCGUCUCAGUGCUGUUUUCUCCGCAGUGGAAAGGGGAGGAUUGUUGGCAGCCUUGCUUUUAAGGGGGAGGGCUGGGGGGGUCUCCGUACACUCUGUUGAGGAGAGGAUGUGAGGGAGGCGGUAGGCUGUCGAAGCCCCAGCUGUUUCCCCGUUAGGAGGCGGCGUUUCUUCAGCUCUCGCGCGUCUUUCUCCACAGACUCAUGGAGCCCCAGACGGAGAGAGCCGGGAAGCGCCUCAAGAAGGGCUGGAAGAGGAGGCGAGGCCCGAACUUGCUGGUUGGGGCGGCUGAGGUGAGCGAUGGGGAGCCCGAGUAGGCGAAAGCCCACUUAUCUACCAUUUUAUUUUUUGAAAAGGAAGUAACCCAUGAACAGUUAUGUGAAUUACUGAAGUAUGCAGUUCUGGGCAACUCCAGUGUUUCGAAACCCAGUUGGUGCCAGCUUUUUCACCAAAACCAGCUGAACAAUGUGGUGGUUUUUGUAAUGCAGGGAAUGAGCCAGGUACACUUUUAUAAGUUCUAUAUGGAGUUUGGAUUUCUCUGAAAGACAUUUACACAUGAAUUCUGCUUGCUUCCUCCAUCAUCUAAUUUUCUAGCUGGUAUCAUUGGACUGCAAAAAACAACUGGGGAUCUACCCAAGAUGUUGGAAGGGUCUUUACCUUCUACCUGUUCAAAAGUCAGCAUCAGCCUGCAGAAUGACCCUAUUAUUCGAAAGUAUGGCUCUAAGAAAGUAGGCUUAACCAGAUGCCUUUUCACAAAGGAGGAAAUGAAAACAUUUCACUUUCCAUUACAAGGUUGGUUUAGACUUAAUCUGAUGUUAAUUGCAGAACUAAAUCUGGAGGCAUUAGCUAGUCACCAAGAAUUGCUAGCAGCAGGCAAAAAGCCAGGAAAUACAGCAGAAGUAGUUCAGCAGCCAAAUACAAGUGUUUUAGAAUGCUUGGACUUAAUGGGUCAGAAACUCCUUUUCUUGAUCUGGGAAGCAGAAACUAGUGAACUUUCUACUUCCAGAAACUGUCAAAGUAUUAAGUGUCUUUCAAAUAAAGAGAUUCUUGAGCAGGCCAGAGUGGAAAUCCCGUUUCCCUUCAGCAUCAUCCAGUUCUCUUUUGAACCCUUUUCACCCAAAUUCACUGAGGAGAUGAACAAGAGGACAGAGAUGUCAACUGUUUAUGCUGGGCCAUUUAGCAAAAAUUGCAACCUAACGGCUCUGAAGAGGCUGUUUAAGAGCUUUCGCCCAGUCUGGUCAAUGUCUCUUGUUCUUGAAACCCAUUAGAAAAUCUUGUUUUUUCUGUGGCCACAUCUCUGUAUUCAGUAUGACGUCCUGGAAGCUGCCCAGCUGGCCGUAGAACCCUUGGAUGGCAUUCCGGUAGAAGGUGCCCGCAUGAAGGUGCAGAGGCCUGUGACGGAGCUCACCCUUGACUCUAGCACUCUUGUGAAGGAACUAGAAUAAGACUCUGAGAACUGAGGUAUUAUAUACCUGUCUGGAGUGAGCCAAACCUUUAAAUAACACCUAAUGCAGCAGUCCAACGUUUUCCUUGGCCUAGAAGCUGUGAUUUUGCCUAAAGCUCUUAAAAGUGGAAAGGAAAAAAAAUACUGUUUCCUGCAGUUCAAAACUUUUUGCAGUGCCCAGACUCUCAGCAUUCUCAAAGGCAAUGACUAGAAGUGGAAAGGUAGGCAUGCCCUAACCCCCAGGCAUCUCCAUGCUUGGCUUAGGGGCAUACCUCCUGAAUCAAGAAGGACCCCAGGAGUUCAGGUCAUACCUCCCCCUUCUGAGCGGCAGGGCUUACAGGACUCUGAAGGUGGACCACCCAUGAUAGCAGCCUGGCGCUGGGGCCGGAAGAUAGGAAAACUCUAUCACAGCCUGGGCCCGGGAACCCUCUGCCUCACCCUGCUGCCAGGCACCAAGAGCACUCACGGAUCAUUCUCUGGCCUAGGACUGAUGGGAAUAAAAGAUGAAGAGGAAAGCACCACCCCAAACAUAUGUUUUUUGACAGGUUAAAAAAGAAGAAAAACUUUUCACAGGGCA